AUGGCAGCUAAAGCGGACGAAAUCGCAGCGCCCGACCACUGCGACGGGAGUAUCCAAAUGUCUCGAGCGGGCGAGAUGAUGAAGAUGGAGUCAGUCGAGGAACAACCACAAACUGAGCUCAAAAGAGGCUUCAAGAAUCGGCACGUCAACAUGUUUGCGAUUGCGGGCUCUAUUGGCACAGGUCUCAUCAUCGGCAGCGGCUCAGCCUUGGCGUCUGGGGGCCCCGGGAGCAUCUUGAUUGCCUACUGCAUCAUGGGCAUGUGCGUGUACACGGUCAUGACAGCUUUUGCCGAGAUGGCCAUCUUCGCGCCAAUGAGCAAAGGCUUCAGCGGAUAUGCCACGCGAUUCGUUGAUCCUGCUCUAGGCUUCGCGACGGGCUGGAACUACUUCUUCAAGUAUUCCGUUCUUCUUGCCAACAAUCUUACGGCGACCGGCCUUAUCAUCCGCUACUGGCGUCAGGAUAUAAACGUGGGCGUGUGGAUUGCUGUUUUUGGCGCCUUUGUCGUUGCCCUGAAUUUCUUGCCGGUGAGCAAGUUUGGCGAAACUGAGUUUGUCAUGGCUAUUGUCAAGGUCAUAGUGCUCGUUGGCCUUAUCCUAGGCUGCUUCAUCAUAUCACUCGGCGGUUCGCCAUCGGGAGAGCGCAUUGGCUUUCGAUAUUGGAACAACCCAGGCGCCUUCGCUCCCUACCUUGCCCAGGGCGACUUGGGCAGGUUUUUGGGUUUCUGGUCCUGCAUGGUUCAAGCUGCCUUUAUGUUUAUGGGCUGUGAAGUGGUAGGUAUAACGUAUGGUGAGGCCAAGAACCCCCGCAAGGCUAUUCCUCGCGCAGUCCAGCAAACCAUCAUACGCAUCGCAAUCUUUUACAUUGGCGGUGUUAUUGUUCUCGGCAUGACGGUUCCGUAUACGAAUGAGUUAUUGCUGUCAGCCAACAAACAGCAAACAAGUGCUGCCGCCUCGCCUUUCGUCGUGGCCUUGAAAUUGGCCGGAAUACAGACGCUACCGGGGAUCGUAAACGCUUGCUUCCUCAUGUUCACGGUUAGCUUCGCAAACUCAGACAUCUACAUUGCUUCCCGCACUCUGUACGGCCUUGCCCGCGACCACCAAGCACCGGCCAUCUUUGGAAAGACGAACAAAUCGGGCGUACCCGUUUAUGCGGUCGUGGCCGCCUCGCUUUUCUGCUGCCUAGCUUUCCUCAACGUGACGACGUCGUCCGGCAAAGUGUUUGGCUACUUUGUCUCGCUCUCUACCGUCCUUGGAUUGAUCAAUUGGGUCAACAUCAUCGUCACGUAUAUUUGCUUCCAGAAGGGCAUCCACGCCCAAGGCAUCACCCGUGCGGGUCUACCGUGGAGGGGUCUCCUACAACCAUACGCAGUCUACAUCACGUUCAUAAUCACUGCGCUUAUCAUCAUAUUCAGCGGCUACACUGCCUUCAUUGGGGGGUUCAAGGUUGACAAGUUCAUCACUUCAUACCUGGGUAUUGUCCUGUAUCUAUUUAACAUACUCGUUUUCAAGAUUUGGAAACGCAGCAGCCGAGUCCGCCCCGCGGAGAUGGAUUUAGUCUCUGGCAGGCUGGUAUAUGAUACAGAUGGCGAAGAGGAGAUAUUAGCCAAGAAGGGGGUUCUUUGGAGGCUGGCAAGUGCGCUCUGGGGCAGGUAG